UCAUCGCUCGCUCUUACCAAAACCAAAACCAAAACCAAAACCAAAACCAACGACUGUGUCUGUCUGUCACGCUCUUCUCUUCUCUUCUCUUCUAUUCGCUUGUUAGCUAUGGCAGCAGAAACUGCGUGUUUGCCAAUUAUUGAAGAAGAGGAGCAAAUUGAUGAAGACUUCUACGAGAAGAUUCAAGCUCCCAAGUUCGUCGACCUCACCGCACCCGAUAAACGCCCUCCCGAUGAUGACCGCCACUGGUUCUGCUUCCGCGUCGGUUGUGACCAGAACCAUGAGCAGGAGCUGGAUCCUGAAGAAAUUUACAAGAAUUUUGUUCUUAGGGUUAUGGCUGCCAGAAGCCCUAACGUCAAGCUGAGAAACGCAUUGGAUAGAAGAGAAGCCAGUCGAAAUAUGAAGUGCCCCCUCACAGCUCCUGCAAAACCAAGGGUGUCAAGAAUGGCCAUGAUUUCCUCAUUGUCACACAAGAUGAGAGACAACAAUGUGAAAGUAAAACCUAUUCCUAAGGUUGCUGCAACCCCAAAUGCUAAGGUGAAGCAAUCAUCUUCUGUGACCAAGGCUCUGACUGGUCCUAGGAAUCAAAAGAAGGCUUCCAAUACAGAACAAUUCAGAAGUGUUCAGAGCAAGAAAGCAAUGAAUGUUGCUGUGCCAAAGAGCAGAUUGGUGGCGAAGGCUCUGGUUUUUCACUCCCCAAAGAAGGUGGUAAAGACCAAGUUUUCAGCAGAAUUGAACACGCCCAUGAAGGCUUUGUGUUCUGCAAUGAAGAAGAUUGAUCUCAAUGGAGUGAAGAAGAAUGGAGAUGGAUGUAAUAGCUCAUUGCCAGUGGCUUCCAGCAGAAAGCAAUUGAAAGGACGAGAGGUUAAAAGCCGUGUGUUCGAUUCAUUGUAUUCUAAGAAACUGAAGGAACCAGAAACAAACACUGUGAGAUGUUUGAAGGAAAACAAAGUCAAAGGCAUGCAGAAAUGCCAGGUUAGUGUGUCUCAUGAGAAUGACUACAGUGACAUGGAGAUGGAUGAAAAAUCAACAAGGGGUGACUCUCUGGAAAGAUACACUGAAUCAGGAACUUCUGGAGGUGUUAGUGAAAUAUCACAAGAAGCAAAAAGUGGAGAGAGUUCAAUUAGUUCAAGUUCAAACGAAGAAGAGAAAAGUGCUACUCAAGGGAGUGAGAAUGAAGAGAGAAGGAACCUGGUUUUAGGGAUGGUAAAAGUUUGUGAAGCCAAAAUGAGAAAGGCUGAAGAAAACUCUGUGGUUUCUAAUGAAAAGGAAAAUGAAGUCAAGGUCACAGAGAACGAUGACAAGGAAAACGCUUCAGCCCCUAGUGAGAACAUAACGGUGAGUACCGAUAAUGGCGACCUCAAGAAAGUUGUUCUUGGCAACAAGCAUGAAGAAAGAAAAACACACAAGAAAUCUACAUUGACCACAACUGGUUCUCAAGUUGUAAAAUACAGAAAAUUAAAGCCCACAAAUCCCAUUCCUUUUAAGCUGAGAACUGAUGAAAGGGGAAUUCUCAAAGAAGCAAACUUGGAUAAAAAAAUUCCUUCACUUGUGAAAGAAACCCCAGCUAAAGGAGGAAAGGCAAUAAAGAAACAUCAAAGUGUAAAUAAAAAAAGUGGAACUUGUUCCGGACAAAGUGAACAAGACAGUGACAAUUAUAGCAGCUGCGACGAGAAACCAAACCAAACAACUAAAGAAAAUAAAUGUGGGAACAUUCAAAGUGACAACUUCAACAGCAGAAAGGUGCAACAAAAAUUAUCUGCCACAAAAGUUCAUAGAAAGCCUCAUUAUGAAAUUCAGAAACCCAUUAAUCUUGAUGAAAAUUUCAGAAGAAAAACCGAAAUGAUACAACGUAGAGUUGUGAGGCCCCGAAGUGCCUUGUCAAGGAAGAAAGAUAAAGUAGAUCUUGCAACAGCUUGUAAACUCAGUGUUAUAUUGGAAAAACCCUCAGAAAUUUUGAAGCCAAAGGAAGCAGCAAGGCCACUUAAAAAUGAUGCUUCUUCACCUACAAGUAAAACUGCAGGUUCCAUUUCUAGGCCUUGUUCAAGAGGAAGGAGGGCUUUAACUGUUCCAAGGGAACCAAAAUUUCAGAGUCUCCAUGUGCCAAAGAGCUGCACCACCAGGCAACCAGUUUAGGGGCUGCUAUUGUUCAGUUUGCAGGGCGGUGCCGUUCAAUAUCGUCAUUGAAUUUUAGUUCUUUUCUCAAAGUUGACAGUAAAAAAAAAAAGUGUUUGUAUGUGUUCAUCGGCUUCUGUUUUGAUUUGUAUAAUAACAUUGUUUGAUUUUUAAA